AACACACCAUUUCGUUCGUUCUAUAUGCUUCCUCUUCAACCCUUCUUCUUUCCAUCAUCUCCCACCACUUUCACGCUGCUCUGGAAUUUACAACACUAACUCACAUAAAACCAAAGUUAAAUGAUGAAUUUCAUUGUAAAUUUUCAAUUGAAAUCUGUUGUGGAAAUUUCCUUUGUUCAUUGAGAUUUUUUCGAGGUGCAGAAGAUUUCCCAGUUUUGAAGAUAUAUUUCUCUUCAGACGGGUUUUGAAACUCUGAACUUUUUGCAAGUCGUACGUGACAAGGACGAUCGCUACUUGGCCAUCGUCGCAGACAGAAGCUCAGAAAUGUGAUUAGUAGUUGAGUUUUCGGCAUAGAUUUGCAUUUUCCAUAGCUCUGGAACUGAAAUCUGGAUAAUUUUCCAGGUUUCCUACAGCUUUGAACAAAGUUUUAGCAGGAGCAGACUUAGUGUUCGCUGCAGCAGUUAAUUCAGUUUAGAUGUUCAUUCCCUCCGCCUAUUGUUCUCUAAAUUCUCUCCCUGCCCUCAUUUGCCGCAGGAGAUAGAAAAAUCAGCUCCUUUUCCCCUUAGUUUCAGAAGGAAUUGAUUGCUCGACGAUUGCUACUUUUUUAAGGAACGGGUUCAAGAGAUGGAGAACGAGUCAAUUAUUCAGAGCAAUAACAAUACGAACACAAUGUCUAGUGUUAGAGAAAAAAACGGAGGGGAUGGGUCGUUGCUGUUGAGGGCGAAUUCCGAUAGCGCUAGGCAAGCAACGACGUCGGAUUUGGUGUUGCAGUGGGGGAAUCGGAAGCGGCUAAGGUGCAUGAAGGUGCAGGUUAAGGACGAUUCUUCCGGUCCGGUUCAGAGGACUACGGUUCGGGUGGAUCGCCGGGUCGUUAGAACCGACAAGGAUUCUUUAAAUAAGCUCACUUUCGGUGUCAAUAAUAAUAAUCAUCAUCAUCAGAGUAACGGGUAUCCGAAUCUCCGUCAACGUCCAUCUUCGCCGCAACCACGAAUUCUCAGGAACUCAGAAAGUUCAAGUGCCAUGAGAGGAGGACAAAGCAACGGGGGCGUUAGUGUUAGGGGAAUUGCCUCACCGGACAGGGGUGCGCAUGAUAAGAGAGGGACCCAUAAUGACAAUAACAAGUCCGCGGCCUCAUCGGAUACUGCGCACGAUAGCAAGAAGGGAGGGUCGCCGUCCGGCAGCGGAGAUGCGGCUGCUCCGCCGGUGUGGCCACCCAAGUUCGUGAUUGCCUUGACCAACAAGGAGAAGGAAGAAGAUUUUCUCGCCAUUAAGGGCUCAAAGCUGCCUCAGAGACCCAAGAAGAGAGCUAAAUUCAUUCAACGAACCCUCAAUCUCGUUAGUCCUGGCGCAUGGUUGUGCGAUCUUACCUUGGAACGAUACGAGGUUAGGGAGAAGAAGAUAUCCAAAAAGCAGAGACCAAGAGGUUUGAAAGCAAUGGGAAACAUGGACUCGGACUCUGAAUAGAGAAUGAGUGAAGGUGCUAAGUAAGCUUUAUGUUUGCUAAGGAUGUGUAGGAAAUGCAUGGCAUGGCAUCUCAGCUAGGUGCCAACGAAUCCAAAUCGAAAUACAAAAUAUUUUAGCUUUGCCGCUGCUUAAUCUCCUCGCCUUCAUCAUUUCUUU